AUGGCGGCCGCCUCGAAGCGGCAGGCCGCGCGCCCCCGCGCGGAGUCGGACAGCCCCGCGCACGCGUGGGCGCCGCCUGCGCCGGGCUCGCCGGUCGCCUCGCCGGUCGCGGCCGAGUCCUUCUUGGGGGACCUCGGCUUCGGCCUCACCGACGCAGGGACCUGGCGGAGACCCGGGGAGUCCGACGCCGGGCCGCCGCCGCAGCUGCUGCUGGAGGUGGAGGGGCACGAGGAGGGGCGCGGCCACACCUGGUACGUGCUGGGCUGCUCCCUGGAGGAGGCGAGGGGCGCGCGCCGCACCUGGAAGGUGCGCCGCAGGCUGGCGCAGCUCCGGGACGUGCUGCACGGCAGCGCGCGCGACGCGCUCGGGGGCGACCUCUACGGGGAGCUGUUCGCGCGGACGCCCUUCGCGAGCAGGGGGGCGCCGGCCGGGACCACCGAGCGGCUGAGGGCCUGGUGCAAGACCCUGGCCAAGUGCAUCAACGACGGCAAGGCCCCGCCGAUGCUGGUUGCCCUGACGCUGCAGUUCCUGCAGGUGCCGGCGGCGCUCGAGGAGGACGCGGCGCAGGGCGGGGCGGGAGCGCCGCCCGCGGCCGCGGGCGUGCACGUCAAGAGCGACACCGCCCCUGUCGUCUGA